GUGAACUCGAAGCGGGUGAGACAAGCGCUCGCCCACGUGGAGCAAUACAUACAAUCGUGUUGCCAUGACGACCUCGAUUCACCCCCGCCCACGACCCUGCGAGAUCACGAGUGGGACGGACUCCUCGCCGCCCACUAUAGGAUCGUGCACAUGGACAAGAAGAUCAAGAUUUCGUCGGCGUCGCAGUUGCAGACCCUCGUGAAGGAGUGCGAAUCUGCCCUCCGCCGCGUAGAGCCCUUCUGGCCACAGCUGGCGAUGGACGGCCUGAGGAACCUGUGGAUAGUGAAACCAGGGGCGCAGUCCAGGGGUCGCGGGAUCUUCAUGAUGAACCACCUGGAGGAGAUCCUGUCGCUGGUGCAGUCGCCGCUCAUCUACGAGACCAAGUAUGUCGUCCAGAAGUACAUAGAGCGGCCACUGCUGAUCCACAACACGAAAUUCGACAUCAGACAGUGGUUUAUGGUAACCGACUGGAACCCUCUCCACGUGUGGGUUUACAAAGAAUGCUACCUACGCUUCUGCUCGCAACAGUACGACCUCACCAACAACAACGAGGCGAUCCAUCUGAGCAACAACGCCAUCCAGUGCAAGUAUUUAAACGGCGAGAGGAGCGGCGAGUUGCCAGAUGAGAAUAUGUGGGACUGUUAUCAGUUCAAGGAGUAUCUCAGCGUUGCUCAUAAAAAGCGCAGGAUUUACAUUCGUCAUGUAGGUCCCGAAGAUAUGUAUAUGGGCAAAAAGAAAAUUUCACAGGGCUAA